AGCUACUUACUUCUACAUUCUUCCAGUUUUUCAGUUUCUGAUUUAGCUUAUAAAAGGCAAAUGAUCAAUUUAAUUUGAUACUCAGAGUUGUGUUUACCUUUAAUGGACAAAUAUAUGUCAGAUACUUUGGUGUUUAUUGAUAUGACACUGUGUGGUUAAACAACGCAAGUAUGUCCAUGUGUUUCUUACAGGGUACACUUGAAACUAGUAGUGUUUAUGCAGCUCACUUAUGUAACUUGAAAAUCUGGUACUAUUGCAUUCAGGACUGAAAUCUUGGAGUUUAGGUGUCUUGUCUCUCAUUUUGAAAGUAAGUGAAAGUUGAGAAUGUAAAAUCUAUAAAGUUCAUUUUUUAACUAGGAAAAAAACACAAAUUAAUGACAGACACCAAAUUACAAAUCCAAAAAGCUCAGAGAACACCAAGCAGGAUGAAUAUUUUAAAAAUAUAACUAGGAAUAUCAUAUUCAAACUGUAGAAAACCUAUAACAAAGAUAAAAUAUUAAAAUAAGGCAGAGGAAGAAACACAUUGUCUACAGAGAAACAGACGUAAGAAUUACAUUGGACUUCUGUUUAGAAUCCAUGCAAGUAAGAAGUGUUGAAAAAAAUUAGAAUACAGUGGGUAUUUAUUAUCCAAGUAUUCAUUAUCUAAAACUGCAAAGCAAAAAUAAUUGUAACAAGAACAUAUUCACUAGCAAUCUGAGCACUCAUGAUAUUAGUGACUGUUCUGGAGAGAAUUAUGUCCCCCCAGAAUUCCUAACUUGAAGCCCUAUAUCCCAGCGUGACUGUAUUUGGAGAAGGAGCUUUUAAGAAGGUAAAGGUUAAAUAGGGGCAAAAGGGUAAGGCCCUAAUCUGUUAGGACUGGGGUCGUCAUCCAAAAAGGAAGAGACGCCAGAGAUAUCUCUCUCUCUCUCUCUGCCUCCCUCCUCCUCUCUCCCUCUCCCCACAUGCAUUUGUUAAAUUGAGGUUUUUUGUUAGAACAUAUAUAGUGGCAUUUUAAUAAAGUGUUACUCUACUUAAAACACACACACACAUAUACAUACAAUUUUGAUAAAUUCUUUUUUGAGAAUAAGGCCGGGCAUGGUGGCUCACACCUGUAAUCCCAGCGCUUUGGAAGGCUGAGGUGGGUGGAUCAUCUGAGGUCAGGAGUUCAAGACCAGCCUGGCCAACAUGGUGAAACCCCAUCUCUACUAAAAAUACAAAAAAUUAGCUGGGCGUGGUGGCGGGCACCUGUAAUCCCAGCUACUCAGGAUGCUGAAGCAGGAGAAUCCCUUCAACCGAAGAGGCAGAGGUUGUGGUGAGCCAAGAUUGUACCAUUGCACUCCAGCCUGGGCAACAAGAGCAAAACUCCAUCUCAAGAAAAAUAAAACAAAAUAAAAAUUGAAAAACACAAAACUGGGAUGUGUCCCUGUCUUUUAGGAAGAUAUAACUUUACCAUUACUAAAAUUGAGCCUCAGAAACAUUAAGCAUGCUACACAAACUUAGCUGGAAAUGAAUACUGAAACGGAACUUUGAAUCCAAGAUGAUUUAUUUUGAAUCCCAUGCUAAUGCCGUUAAGUCCUAUAGACCCUUCUCAGGUGCAGCCAGAGACACACUAGCCCACUGAUGGACGGACAGACGUGGACAGGGUCCAUCUCACUAAAACACCCACCACUGCCACAGCUGCCUACAACAGACACAUCAGAUGAGACUCCAGGCAAGUACACAAUUUUCACUGAGGACUUAUUGGUUUUAAUAAUAGGUCCUGGUGUAGAGAAGUCCCUCAACCUACUGUGCAACAUGUUUUGAGAAGCGGGUAAGCUAUAUGUUUUGUGGUUUUGUUUCAUAAAUGCAUCUACAAGAAGACCAAUAUUGACUGAAUGAAGCUUUUGUUUAAAGGGCUAAAAUAUGCUUUGUGGUUUUAUAUGUGGAAACUACUUUAAACCUAAUGACUAUUAAUUGUAUCAUAGCUUGUGAUGUAGUCUGCUCAUGGCUUUUAAGGUAAAUUGUGCCAUGAUCCACUGCCAUUCUAAUUGCUUUAAUUAACAAGUCAUUACCACACUACUGUUACAUCUUAAUUAUGCAUACAGACAGGUAGACUUAUUUUACAUAUGUGAAUAGUUGUCAAAGCAAAUGCAAAUUGUAUUCUGCAAGUAAAGUCUCUCUGAAAUUUCUAGGGAUGUUCUUUAAGUAAAAUUAAUAUUCAAACUGAAGAUUUUAGUUAAAAGAACUGAGUGCAUAUUAAAGUCUUGUUGUGAUUUAAACAUAGUCAAGAGUACAACUGUGAUAUUUCAUGGAAGUUAUGCAAUAAAAUGUCUCUAACCUGCAAACAAAUCUAUCAAGCAGACGGCACAGUACUGAAUUUGAAACCAGAAAUACUGGGUUUUUAUAUAAAUGCUUCAUAGAUUUGUUUUAUGAUGAAGGGUACAUAACUCUCCUAAACCUCACACCACCUCUUAAAUAGGGACAGUAAGUCCACAUCAACGCGCCUGCCUUAGCUAUUAUUAAACUCUUACAGUAUGAUGUAAAGUGAAAGUACAAUGUAACAUCAUUCCUAGGCCAACUUUGACCAGUUUUAUACAGAAACGUGCCAACUUUUCUGUUUGCAAGGAUAAUAUCAGAGCAAACACCAAAAGGUUGUAUCUUUGAUGCAUUUUUUUCUAAAUCAUACACAUAAUAAACCAAAGACAAAUGAUGAAUAUUAUUUCAGAAAAUAUAAAGUCUUCCCCUUUCUUCUUUUGCCAAGGAAGUCCAAUAUUUUCACCAUUUUUAUGCACACAAUCAACUUUAUUUAACCUGGAAGUUAAUGUCUCAUUGUUUUCAUUGUUCUAAAUAAACACCUUUUCCCUUGAGUAUUGUUCUAAAAAGUUUGAAGUUGUGUGAAAAAUUUUGUUCUGAUUUUUCACGGUUGUGUUGAUGAUAUGUGAAAAGGAAUACAGACGGUAUUUAAUUAUGAACAAGAAAAGGUGUUAAAUAUCAUUAGUCAUUAGAAAUUUGCAAAUUAAGACCACAAUGACUAACACAUAUAUAUCAGAAUAGCUAAAAUAAAAAUAAAACAUCAAACGCUGAGGAGCAUGAGUAAAAACUGGAGCUUUCACACAUUACUGGUGGGCAUGUAAAAUCGUACAGCUAUGCCAAAAAGGAGUAUAGUAGUUUCUUAAGAAAUUAAAGGAACCCAAGUCCCCAGGCCUGCAGUCUUGGCCAAGGUCACAGGCCCUGGAUCAAUCAGGAUGGGGUUCAAGGGCCUUCCUGGGGCCAUCCAGUGUCCAAGGUGCCCUUUGGUGGCCUCAUCUGCCCCUCAGCCCCUGAGCACGCCCCUCUGUCCCUCCAAUCCUCCCUGUCACAGGGACAUCUGUCACAGAGCCAUGCCCCACCUCCUGCUUUCUGGAGAUGCCAACUGCCCUCCCCAUCUCUGGGUCCUGACCAAGGUGCUCUAAUGGACACCCCCUGACCCAGGUCUCAGGGAGCUGCCAGCAAGCUGGGUCCCUGAAGCUGAGAUCCAGCAAGACACAUGUGGCCCGAGGGUCCCACUCUCUGGCUGGCAGAACCCAGAGGUGGGAGCACAUUGGAGUGUCCUUCAGGGUGUCUUCACCCCAUGAGAGGGCUGGGGGCUUUGGGAGUUUGCAGCUGGCAGGAGUGAGGGCCCAGUCUCCUAUCUCUGAUGCGUCCUUGGUCAAAUCCUGUGCCUCAGCCUGCAGGGCCUAUCACGGUCACCACGUGAAUGUGUUCCCUUAGUCUGGGAGCCCCAAGCAGGCAGCACCCCCUGCCAACGACUUCAGGGCACCUGGAAGUGGAGGCUGAGAGGUCUCCCACUUCACAGAGCUGGGCUCUGGCCCAGAGGCCUCCUUGGCUCAGGUGGUCUCUCGGGCUCCUGGGGCCGCAGAUCAGGGGACAAACACGGGCAGCUCUGCUCUGCUCUGCCUACAGAGAGGUGCCCAGUGAAUGCAGGUUCCAGACAAAAGGUGGAGCCUGGCAUCCUGCCCUGCGUGGGCUUCAGCCUGCUGCCAUCUAGGGAAACUGAAUCAUGGCGAGGCUCGAGUAUGUUUCUCAGACCACACCAGUCCCUGAAGGUCCCCUGACCUCCCAAUCUUGACGGACAGUGAGAAGAGGUUCCCAGGCCGCCUGCCAAAGGUUCUGACUCGGCCUGGGUUAGGGUAAGUCUCCGGGCUGCUGUCCUCAAAAGCCCCAUCAGGAGGCUGUGUCAGGCGAGGCGCACCGUGGUGACAGCAGCAUGGACUGAGGAUUCUGGCCGCAGGAGAGGUCAGGACCGGGGGAGGUCAGGUCCAGGAGGAGGGCACUGGCCGGCACAUGGUGGGGCUGGAGAGACCCUGGGCGGGAUGGUGGGAAUGGCCCAGGAGGAGCCCCGGCUCCUGUGGCUGGAGUGAGGGUGCUGGCUGUGGUGGGAGAGGGGGUGAAGGUGGAGAGAACAGGGGCCCAGAGACCUGUGCUGUAGGAAGGGUAUGGACUUCCUAGUGAGGACUUUCUGGUGGGGGGCUCUCAGAGAAGAGGAGACCAGAGGAGCUGGGGGUCCCCAGGACUGCAUGCGCCAGGCAGAGGGAGGGGAGGCCGAGCCAGGAGCCGCAGGCUUCUCACUGCCAGACCAACGCCGCCCUCCGCUGGCCGCGUGGGGAAUCGCGCCUAGGCUGGGGCUCCCCUGGCCCCAGGUUAGGGGGACUCCGAUGUGUCCUAGGGCGCUUCCUGCCCAUCCAGCCUCCGCCAGGCAGCCUGGCCCUGAGUGGCUUUGAGGACAGCCUCCGCAGCACAGGACCUGCCUCCACCCUAUGGGGCAGAUUUGGGCGUCUGACUCUGGACACUUACCCAGAGGCUGAAUUCAACUCCCCAGCGAAGAGCACAGACUCCCUCCCCGCUGUGCCCAGCCUGAGGGGACCCUGGCUGGGACUUGGGAGAAGGCCAGAGGCCAGGGCCUGGCUCUCAGGCACUAGGUGCAGGAGAAAAUGUAGCAGAGUCCCUGCAGGAACUGCCUCAGACUGCCCCCGAGGGACCUGGCCUGGAACCCUCCCUGUGCUACCAGGCUGCUGUUGGGGCCAGGAGGGCAGGGAGAGCAGCCACCUGUACGGCAUCAAGUAACACUAUCAGUCAGCACACCCAACACCCAUACGACAGCCACAGCCCUCUGCCCUGAGGCGGCUGCAAGUGAGCAGAGUCUCCUGUCUUGUUCACCCUGAGCGCGGAGCUCCGCACAGGACAGGAUCAGAGCGCAAACCAGGAACAAAUGGAUGAACCAAGGAAGGGGCCAGGGCAGUAGGUCCCCACCCACACUCUGAACCCUAAGGGUGGGACACAGAGGCUAGAGACGGGCUGGCCCCAGAAUCCUCUAAGUGACAGGAACCCUUGGCCACUGUUGAUUGCCCCGAGGCGGGGACAGGGAUGUUGGGGCUGGGGCUGCCUGGCCCUUUAAGAGGGCAGUUCUGCCCGCCGCCCUGAAUGCCCCUCCCCUAGCUACUGGAGAAGAGAUCCCGUUUCUUGGCAACAGGAAGCUCUUGGUUUACAGUGUCACCCAAGCGACUGGGAGCCGUGACCUGCUCUGGGACUGAGCCGUUGGAGCUGCCCCGCUGACCGCACUAGGCUGACCGCAACCGGCUGACCACACACACUCCUCACUCCCCUGGCCCUGGUGGGCGGCAGGCACCAUGGCGCAGACAGUGCCGCCCUGCGAGCUGCCCUGCAAAGACUACGACGUGGCCCGCAACACGGGCGCCUACACGUCCUCCGGCCUGGCCACCGCCGGCUUCCGCACCUCCAAGUACCUGCUGGAGGAGUGGUUCCAGAACUGCUAUGCUCGCUACCACCAGGCCUUCGCCGACCGCGACCAGUCGGAGCGGCAGCGGCACGAGAGCCAGCAGCUGGCCGCAGAGACCCAGGCGCUGGCGCAGCGCACGCAGCAAGACUCCACGCGCACAGUGGGCGAGCGACUGCAGGACACGCACGGCUGGAAGUCGGAGCUGCAGCGCGAGGUGGAGGCGCUGGCUGCGGAGACCAACUUGCUCCUGGCCCAGAAGCAACGGCUGGAGCGCGCCCUGGACGCCACGGAGGUGCCCUUCUCCAUCACCACUGACAACCUGCAGUGCCGUGAGCGCCGCGAGCACCCCAACCUCGUGCGCGACCAUGUGGAAACGGAGCUGCUGAAGGAAGCCGAGCUCAUCCGGAACAUUCAGGAGCUGCUGAAGAGAACCAUCACUCAAGCCGUGAGCCAGAUCCGACUGAACCGGGAGCACAAGGAGACCUGCGAGAUGGACUGGUCGGACAAGGUGGAGGCCUACAACCUCGACGAGACCUGCGGGCGCCACCACAGCCAGAGCACCGAGGUGCAGGCUCAUCCGUACUCCACCACCUUCCAAGAGAGCGCCUCCACCCCGGAGACCCGGGCCAAGUUCACGCAGGACAAUCUGUGCCGCGCCCAGCGCGAGCGCCUGGCCUCGGCCAACCUGCGGGUGCUGGUGGACUGCAUCCUUCGCGACACCUCCGAGGACCUGCGGCUCCAGUGCGACGCCGUGAACCUGGCCUUCGGGCGCCGCUGUGAGGAGCUGGAGGACGCGCAGUACAAGCUGCAGCACCACCUGCACAAGGCCCAAGGAGCACUGUCCUGUCUGCAGACACUGAGGGAAAUCACGGAUCAGGAACACAACGUGGCGGCACUGAAGCAGGCCAUCAAGGACAAAGAGGCACCUCUGCACGUAGCCCAGACCCGGCUGUACCUGCGCUCGCACCGGCCCAACAUGGAGCUGUGCCAUGACGCAGCCCAGUUCAGGCUGUUGAGUGAAGUGGAGGAACUGAACAUAUCCCUCACAGCACUGCGAGAGAAGCUUCUAGAAGCGGAGCAGUCCCUGCGCAACCUCGAGGACAUCCACAUGAGCCUGGAGAAGGACAUCGCCGCCAUGACCAACAGUCUCUUCAUCGACCGCCAGAAGUGCAUGGCCCAUCGUACUCGCUACCCCACCAUCCUGCAGCUGGCUGGCUACCAGUGAGCAGCGGCACGGUGCUUCCCCCCAAUCCCCCAAAUAAACAGCGCGUUAGCUUUCUGCA